AUGUGCCGAUACACACGCAUCGUCUGGAACAGCUGCGAUCACUCUGUACUUUCUUCCUCGCCCGAGCACACUCUCCUCUGUCCCCAAGCCACACAGUUCAAGCUGAAACAGGGUGUCCACCGCGCACCCGCAUCGUGCUUUCCACUCGGCGACGACCUUGAGAACCUCACUGGGGGGGAUUGCAACGGUGCGGUCGUGCACACGAACGCAGUCUUUGACUUUUGCGACACUUGCAAGGAAAAUCUCGACUUGGAUGCUGCACUGCCCGACUCCACCGCCUCUCUUGUAGAGGAAGUUGGGGAGUACGCAGAAGACGACUUGCAGCAACUCGCCAUCCAACGUGACUGCCUCCUAGCAUGCGAGCAAGAAUCCCUAACCGCAAUGGCAGCAUUCGACACUCUAUCUACACAUCGAUCAUCGCACCUCAAGAGCGCCCUGGGCGCGAUUCGCAACUCGUACAUUCGCACCCUCCUCCUCAGCCACGGCACCACCAAAUACUCCACCUUCUUCAUCCGCGCCUUCAGCGCCUGCGCACAGCUCCUGCACACGCUAGAUCUAUACAUCGCCCUCCGCGUCCCAACACCACUCUUCUCGGAGCUGUUCGGCCUGGUGGGAACCAAGCUCCAACAGGCAGCCAAACGCCUACGUACCUUUACCAAACUCACCAAUUGUCUAGAUAAAUACGAACCCGCGACAAACGCAUACGAAGCAGCUGUUAACAAGUACGCGGAUAAGCUCGCCGUGAGAUUGGGACAGCCUGCCGUACCGGAUGUGUGCGCUUUCGCGCAUCUGGUGCGUGAUGUGCCGGUGUAUGUGCAGCGGGCGCUGCAGACGAGGGAAUGUGUCGGGAGACACGUCAUCCGGGAGCUUGAGGCCAGGGCUGAUCGCGUGUGUACGCCCAAGGCUUUUUCUGCCAGGGAGAGGAAUACGAAAGGGCUUCGCGUGAAUAUUGAGAUCGCGGAGAAUCCUCAGCCGGACACGAAGGAUGUGCCGCGUCUUAGGAACGCGGGGGAUACGCUGGAGGUAAUGUAUAUGCCGGGGCUGGAGACGCGGGGGAGGCUGAGUCCGCUGGGUGUCGGGCGGGGGCCUUGGUGGGUUCGAGGUGUGCUCGAGCAGCACGGAGAUGGAGAGAUUGCGCGUGAGGAAGUAACUGUUUUGUCCCGCGGACAGACAGCGCAAGAGCCACACAUUUCCAAGCUCGGUGGCCAGUCCAAUCUGGCUACUAGGAAGGUUAGUGUCGGUCCGUUCGAGAAGCUGGGUCCCAUGCUGCCGGAGGAUACGGCGUUCUUCGGACAGACGUUGUCUGGUUCCGAUGGUGAGGUCAGUGGCUACAUCGCUGAUGAUGCGGGGGUGAUAUCUAAUGCAAAUGAAGACCAGGGGAAAGACUCGGCUCUAACAACUAAGGAGAAAAAAGGUUGGAAACGGGAUGGUGAUGGUAGAAUGGUGAAGAGGAAGUGCUCUGCAUGA